UCCGGGGAUGGGAGGCUGAGGCGCGUCGGGAGCUGCUGGGGCGGGGAGCGGGGGGCGAGCGGAGCCAGGCCCGGCCCGGCCCGGCCCGGCCGUGGUCCCGGCCUCUGAGGCCCGUUUGCUCCCCGCAGUCGGGGCCUCUCGGGGCCGUGCCUGGGCUCCUGCCCAGAACCGCGCGCCCGGCCUGGGGCGCUUGGUGCCCCCCCGGCCCCCGCCCGCGGCUGGGUGCUGCCAGGGGCCGGCGAUGCUCGCCAUGGACCCCCCCGCGGGAAAGGCGCUUACCUGGCAGGAGAAGGAAAAGCUCAAAGAAAAGUUAGCCUUCCUGAAAAGAGAAUACAGCAAAACAUUCAACAGGUUACAGCGUGCACAAAGAGCUGAGAGGGUUAAAAAUUAUGUUAAGAAGACUGUUGCAGAACAAAAUCGAUUGCUUAGGCAAGAGGAAACGGAGAAUAAUACCACAGAACUGAUGGAUAAACAGUCUCCCAAUGGUUGCGAUAGACCUGGAACAUGUAGGUUACAGACCAAUACCUGUUCUGACUCAGGCACUGAGAAAAAAAUGUCUGUCACGUUUAAACUUGAGCCUGAAUUCUUCAACAGUGAAGUUAACUUGCAGGAAAAUUCAUUGGCAGAAAGCACAAAUAGUGACCCAGAAAAUAUCCUUUCUGGCCUCAUGCGAUCUGUUAUUGAGGAGAAACAAAACCAACUGCCAAGGAGUAGAAUAACUUUGGUCUCAGAGGGGAGAGAAUCAGCUUGUGAAGUGCCACCAAUCAGUGCUGGGGAAACAUUGGAAAAUCAAAUGGCCAGUACAGAGGAGCCUGGAUCACCAGUAUUCAAGGGGAGGAACACCAUCUCAAACACCAAGAAUAAAAUUCAGAAGGCCCCCAGGCCGGUCAUUGUGAGGGAAGAAAAAGGUUUAACGCCUCAAGAUCCACAGGUAGGAGAUUUGCAGGAAAUGCCUGAAGAAAAUGUAUUUCUGAGUGUCCCCAAACCACUUUCAUACAUGUCGAUGGGUGGCAAUAACGUUCAGCAGCCUGUGUCUCCAUGUGCUGAGGACAUCUGUGAUAGCUGUGAGCCACUGCCCCAGUGGUUAGUGAGUGAUAUCCCUGUUUCACUUGAAAACAUUGAGAAUACAGGAAAAGAACUUGCCUCUAUAGAAAACGAAAUGGAUCGGGAAGAGUUGUGUAAGGCCUUGGAUUUAACUACAGAUAAUCAAUCAUCCCCGGCAGGCAGAAGCAACCCUAGCACUAGUGAAAGCAGACCCCAUAAAGAAAGAAACCACAAUGAGACCAAUAGCUCAAGACCUCUGAACACUGACUCUCUUCUGGAUGAUGUUGAAGAACCUUUGAGGAAUCAAGAGGCUCUGACUGAAGCAGGGUCGCCUGUCCUAGAGAAGACUCCUCCUGCAGCAGAAAAUGCACUGAACUCUUGCACAAUGAUUGAAGGACUUCUCUUUCCUGUAGAGUAUUAUGUUAGGACAACUCGGCGAAUGUCUAAUUGCCAGAGGAAAGUAGACCUGGAGGCUGUCAUUCUCAGCCAGUUGGGCAGGAGGAGGAAAGGGCUGCGAAGUAAACAAAAGCAGAUAAAUUCAAAUUCAGAUCAGCUUUCCCAAGAAACCGCCAGAAGUGAUGUGCAGGCCAGAGGCACUCUGUUCCCUUUUCUAGGUGCAGAGAGUGACCCAGUGAGUUCAAGUAGUUCUCAGAAAUCUCACCCUCUCUCAGAUGAGAGCAGGACCUCCAAUGGUUCUCUUUCUCAGAAGACUGUUAUUAGUACGAAACAAGCUAAGGGAAAAUCCUGGAGGAGAGGAAGGGGCAGAUCGGGUUCUACCUGCAGACCUGCACUGAAUGGGUCAGAAGCACGUCCUGAGACUUCAGAUCUCACAGUGCUAAAGGAAGACAGUCAUCUCUUGUCAAAUGAUUCUCAACAUGAAAAGGAAGACUGUGAGGAUGACCCUGAGAGGACACCUAUACGCAAAACAAGGGUGCUCGUCCCUACAGCUGAUGAGGCUCCAGAAGCGGAAAUGACAGAUGUUAUAUGGCCAACUGAGGCUGAUCUUCCUGAUGGAAGCCAAACAUUCAGCAAAUGCCAUCAGCCUCCAUUAGAACAAAUUCAAAAUCCACUCCAAGGAAAUAGUUUCCUAAAUCCAUGGGAUGAAGCUUUCCCCAGCCCCACACGAGAUCUGGAAGCCAAUGUAAACGUGAGUCAGGCUGAUAAACAGCCAAUGGGACACAUUAAGAAUCAGUGUGUCCAGAAAGUCUGCAGGACUGAGCAGCUGCCAACAGUUAAAGAAUCUCUACCUCAGCACGAUAUCCCAAGUUCCUCUGUGAAACGUAAAGUGAGGCAAGGAUCUAAAGGUAAAAGAGGGCGCAGUCAACAGAUGGACUUGGAAGGUCCAACUCCUCUAGACCAUCUUGGUCUGGAUCCUAUGGCCUUCGAUCCGCCCUUUCACUUCCAGAAUGAGAUGCUCAGUGUCAAGUGGCUGCCCUCGAAGCUGGACAUCAAAGACUUUCAUUUACCCGAUGAGGAGUUUGAGCUCCUUAAAUUUGAGAAACUACAAUCCUGCACAGUGAAACAGCUGGAGCCCUUUGUUCCUUCAGGGUCUGAACACUGGCUGCAGAGUGCUGGAGACACUGUGACUUUAGGGGACAUGAGACUUAAACAAGUGAAUACAGAAGGGAAGAGUCUAGAAAAUAGCUUUAUUUCUCCUUCAAAGACUAUGUCACCUAAACAGCCUCACUUAGAAGGGCAGUUGCACAAGAAGGAGCUUUUUCCAAGGGACUUGCUGCUAACUCCGGCAAGUACAGUCUCAGCUGGUGUAAUCAACCAGCUUGAAUCACAGAUUCACACACCUGCUUUCCCUGUCCUGGGUGCAACCCCAGCUAUCCUGUCACUGGUACACAAUGAGACCUUACCUGACACACUUUCUGUACUUCCUUUGCAAGUGAAAAUGAAUCUCUUCAAAGAACCAGCCAGUCUUGUCGUGGAUGGGAGGGAGUGUAAUAACUCCACAGGUGCAUUGCACUCAGAUAGCUGCAGAACAGGAUCUGACUGUAGGUCUGAUGAAGCUGUCACCCUCAAAGAGUAUCAGCAACCAGGGAAUGGUUCCAAGGAGUGCUGCAGUGCAGAGAACAAACUGACAGCCGAGCAGUUGGCCGUUGCACUGAGUGACAACCUGAGAGACAGGAGCUUGCAACUGACCUCAAAGCUAAAGAACCCCUCAAGUUCUUGUGCUGUGGAUGUGAGCACUGUCUGGUGGGAAUCAGCUGGCUGCACAGAGCUGUGUAUCAUAACUGCUUGUGAGACUUCCAUCUCCCUGUGGAAACCUCUGGCUUCCAACCAGUGGAGAAAGGUGUACACCUGGUGCCUUACAGAGAUUCCAGUAAUACAAAUUGUUCCCUUGCCAGAUGUCUGUAAUCUUGUGUGUGUUGCCUUGGGAGAUCUGGAGAUUGGAGAAAUAAGGCUCUUGCUUUGUUCUUCUGAAGACGGCUCCUUAAAGCAGUCACUAGUGAAAACCGGGAACAUAAAAGCUGUUCUUGGUCUGACAAACAGGAGGCUGGUCAGUAGUAGUGGGACACUUCAAGACCAGCAGAUCGAGAUAAUGUCAGUUUCGGAGGCAGGAAGAAGCAAUGAGAGGCAGACUUUGAUGCCCCCAGAAGAAACCAUUCUGGCUUUUGCUGAGGUAGAAGGGAUUAGAGACGCUUUGGUUGGCACAACUGCAGUGAACAGCCUUGUUGUUUGGAACUUGAAAACUGGCCAGAUUCUGAAAAAGAUGCACGUUGGUUAUUCCUAUCCUGCUUCAAUCUGCCAUCGCGCCUAUUCUGACUCUGGCCUCCUGUUUGUUGUUUUAAGUCACCCACAUGCCAAAGAGAAUGAGUUCUGUGGAAACCCUGCAUUCCGGAUGAGAGUGUUCAAUCCCAAAACAGCCAGAAGCACUGGGGUAAUGUUCUUCUCUCUCCCCUCUGGACACAGCGGAAGGUACCUUGAAGGCGAAGUGAAGGGUGUCUCUGCAGCAGCUGUGCUAACAUCUGGAGCAAUUGCAGUGUGGGACUUAUUUUCAGGCCAAUGUACUGCUCUACUUCCACCAAACGCUGAUGGGAAUUGGUCUUUGGUCAGGUGGUCAGUCACAGAUUCCUGUCUCCUGGCUGGACAGAAAGACGGAAGUGUGUAUGUGUACCAUUAUUCACAAGCCAAGGCAGUAGGGAAGUAAAUGGGUAAUACGAUGGAUUCUAAAACUAACUGUAAUCUAAAGUAAAUUGAGCUGGAUAGGAUUUUGUGUUGAAGAAAGAUUUCUCAGUGUCAUCUGUUCACUUUCCCACAAGUAAACUGGUUUUUUUUCAACUUUAAGUUAGGUUCAAAAGGUCUGUGAGAUGAUGCUGGUCAACCUGGCUGAUUUUGAAUGUGUCUUGUCUUGCUCACUAGAUCUGUGAAGCCAAUGGCACUGUUUAACAGUGAUUGGCUAGAUCUACCUGUUUGGAUUCAGGGUUUGUACAUUUCAUUGUGAAAAGCAUUUUCAGUGGAUUAUCUAGAUGUAAGAUGCUAUUAAACUUUAUUUUUGUAAACUG